AUGUUUGUUCUCAUAUUUAUUUCAUCUUUAUUUAUUGCAACAACUUCAAAACCAUUCGAUACUGUAGCUCAUCAGCAAAAUAAAAAUUAUACGAAAUCAAAUUCAUCGGUGUCCGCUCCGGUACAGCACCGUGCAUCGAGAAUUGAUCCUGUACUAACUGAAGUAAACAUGGGCGAUUUGGAAGAUGCUCUUAAUGAGGCUAAUGAUAAUGAUAACAAUGACGUAAUUACUACAACAAAACCACAUGUAAUCGGAAAAAUUAGCGACUGGUGUAGAAGAUGGAUUUCAUACUGA